AUGCAACACAAUGAUCCUCCUCAGCAGUCGAGAAAGUGGCAACUUGUCGGUUUCUCGGCUCUCAUUGCCAUCUUCAUCGCCUUCAACCUGAAAGAAGCUGUGAUUCUGACAGCAGCCCAUCACAUCAAAAGAAUAACGGACGACAUGGUCAAUGUCCCUACGGCUAGUGUUCCAACGGGGUCAUCACCAGCAGUUAUUCAUCACCCGCAACCAAUGCCCAAGAAUGGAGGUGCUCUCAAGCUCAUUAUUGCCAAAACAAUCGCUGCGAAAGACAUUGCCGAAACCUUACUGGACAUUCAAUCCUUUGUGGAACGGUAUUCGUCACAGUCAUCUUCGUCUAAAUUUCAAAUUGAAUGGCGGCUAUUUUGCUACAAGAAUGAAACUAUGGCUGCACUUUUGGAAUAUCAUAGUGAAGACCAAUGGUUGCAACAUUACAAUACUAGAAUCUAUCUCGAGCUAGGCGCCAACAAGGUCAACUUUUGGCACAAGUACCUCAAUCCAAAGGCCACAAUCGACCACGAUGUAGACUAUAUUUGGAUGAUGGAUGGAGAUAUACAAAUUCGAUACAUGGCCUGGGAAUGCUUUUGGGAUAUUGUCAGACGCUUUCAACCUUCCAUUUUUGCUCCGUCGCUCAUGACCAACAUGGACAGUCGAGCUUGGGAAGAUCGCAAGGUCUAUGUCGGCUCGACUCAUCCUCACAAGUGUCAUGUCACGGAUCCCAAUCCCAAAAAGAAGAAAAAGAAAAAGAAAAAAAAUGACGACAAGAACAAGGACACGACGAAAUCAAUAAUAUCACCUGAAACCAAACUGCCGCUUGUUCCACGACCUGUCAACAACUUUCAAAGGAUGAUCGCUAUGGAUGUCUGGGUAGUGGAAAUCCAAUUACCAGUCUUUUCUAGAUUAGCCUGGGAGACUACUUACAAUGUCUUUGAAGAACGAGUGCAAGGAUGGGGACAAUUCAAAACGAGUUGGGCUCCCGAUCUCUUUUGGUGCAAAAUGAUUGAUCAAGAAUUGCAUGGGACCAACAAUAGCGUUCAAGAUCGUUUGCAAGAUCGUCCCUUUAUGCGAUGGCAAAAGCUCAAGAAACAGUGCGAUAUUAAUCCCAAAGUCAUGCACGAUGUCACGGGAAUUCAAGACUUGAGGUUUUAUCAAGAUGACGAAGGAGACGGAGACUCUAAGCAACAAUCACAUCCCUGCAUGCUCAUUCAUUCCACACCCGUCCGAGAUUUGGAUUCCCGAACCAUCAAAUUGCACACCAACAAGAAAUCCAGUCUAACGUUUCGGAGAAAAGGAGAAGCAGACUUGUUAAAGUACAAACAAGGGUUGCCUGGUUUGUACACGACCAAAGCGUUGGGACAGAAUCAACUGUAUCGAGCCUACAUUUCGAAAAAUGAAACAGAGUACAAUUGUCAGGCUUGUCGACACACGGCGUGCUUAUUGGACUAG